GGGUCGGGCGUCCUUUGCGGCAGCCAAUCGUAGCGCCGGCUGGCGAUUUGAAUCCGCGGCUGAGCCGAAACGGGCGAGCGAGCGCAGCGCAGCGCAACGCGGCGGGAGCAGGCGGCGCCAUGCGGAAGAGCGAGAUCCUAGCCAGCGAGUCGGUGGCCUGCCUGAACCAGGCGCUGAGCCACCUGCGCGACAUCUGGGAGGAGAUCGGCAUCCCGGAGGACCAGCGCCUGCAGCGGACGGAGGUGGUCAAGAGGCACGUCAAGGGCCUGCUAGACAUGAUGAUAGCCGAGGAGGAGAGCCUCAAGGAGCGGCUCCUGAAGAGCAUCGCCGUGUGCCGCAAAGAGCUGGCCACCCUGUGCCGAGAGCUGCAGCUGGCUCCCUUCGAGGAGGAUGAGGAGGCGACCAUUCUGCAGCUCGAGAAGGAUCUGCGCACCCAUGUCGAGGUGAUGCUGAAGCAGAAGCGGGAGAGGAGGCAGGAGCUGAAGGCGCUGCAGGAGCGGGACCGGGACAUGUGCGACCUGCUCUGUGCCUCCCCCUACUGCAUCGACAGCGAGGCUGUGCCCAGCCUGGCAGAGCUGGAUCACUUCCGACGCCACCUGGCAGGCCUGGCCGCCGAAAAGGAGCGACGGCGGCUGGAUUUCCUCAGCACGAAGCAGCAGAUCGUCCAGUGCAUGGAGGAACUGGAGGAAAGCCCGGACACGAGCUUUGAGCGGGACGUGGUGUGCGAAGAUGAGGGCGCCUUCUGCCUCUCCACGGAGAACAUCGCUGCCCUGAAGGAGCUGCUGCGGCAGCUGGAGGCAAAGAGGGAGCGGAAGGAGGCCUUGUGCGAGGAGCUGCGCUCCAGGAUCCGGGUGCUCUGGGAGAGACUGCGAGUGCCGGCGGAGGAGAGAGAGGCCUUUGCCCCACACAUGGGGGGCUCCAGUGCCAGGACCAUGGAUGCUCUGCAGCUGGAAGUGGACCGCCUGGAAGAGCUGAAGCUCCAGAACCUCAGGAACGUGGUGGAGGCUAUCCGGGCAGAGCUGGCCGCCUACUGGGACAAGUGCCUCUAUGGGGAGGAGCAGAGGCAGGCCUUCAGGCCCUACUAUCAAGACGAGUUCUCCGAGGAGCUGCUGCAGCAGCACGACGACGAGAUGGCACGGCUGAAGCACCAUUACGAGGCGCACCAGGACCUGUUUGAAGCGGUGCACAAGUGGGAGAAGAACUGGCGCCUCUUCCAGGAGCUCGAGAGGAAGGCCACGGAUCCGAGCCGCUUCACCAACCGGGGCGGGAACCUCUUGAGGGAAGAGAAGCUGCGGGCCAAGCUGCAGAAGACGCUCCCGAAGCUGGAGGAGGAGCUGCGUGGGCGUGUGGAGCUCUGGGAGCGGGAGCAUGCGCAGGACUUCACGGUGCGCGGACAGCGCUUCCUGGAGCACGUGGCCGAGCAGUGGAGCCUGCACCAGCUGGAGAAGGAGAAGGAGAGGCAGGAGCGCCAACUCAAGAAGUCGCGCCUGAUCGAGGAGGAGAUGAUGUACGGCAGCACCCCCACCAAGAGGCGGGGUGCUGGCCUGGUCACUCCGGGCAAGGUGCCUCGGCUCAACGUCACGGCCUGCACCCCCAACAGCACCACCCGCUCAGCCCUCGGCAUCUCGGCAUUCAAUUCGCCCGCCCCUCACCUCCCGCUCUCAGGAGGGAAGCCCGUCCGGACGCAGAGGCGCGCAGUCCCCAAGCCUUCACGCCCAGACCGCGUGGAGCACAACAAGGAGAACGUGGCCCAGCUGGGCAGGAUGCCUCUACGCGGUGGGUGCACCCCCAUAGCCCCCGUCCAGCGCACCUGCAGCAUUAAUUCUGUUGCCAGCACCUAUUCCGAGUUUGCGCACGGACUUUCAAAGGCCUCCAAAUCUGAGUUCCGAUCAUGCACCCUCAACUCCACCGCGUCCAACGUGGAGAGCUGAAGAGUGGCCGGCUGGCCCUGCCAAGAACGGCAGCCACCCGGCCAGCCCAGCCCCGCAGCCUCCCCACCUGUGCAGCCCGGCCGAGGAGGAGCCCUCACCAUUGUUUUUACCGUAAUGGCUUGUUGCAAGAUGGACCUGUUCCCAAAAGCGAAGAGUGUGGGGAGGCAGGCGCGGGCCUCCUCCAUGCUCUGCUGUCUGUGCGCGUUUCCAGUGAUGGGGGCUUGAGCAGGGCAGCGCCUUCCCCCUGCAAGCUGCCCACUCCCUCUGCCAGGCAGUUUUAGCAGGAGGCCACUGGCCAGGCCAGAAGCUAUCGCUCGUGGGAAUCAGGAGGGUGGGCUCAGGGGCUUUGCCGGACUCCCUGCAGGGCUGCCCAUAGACAAAAGUUUCUCCCCUAGUUAAGCUGGUUUUGUAAACUUUAUAGCAAAAAGCUCCUCUUGUGAGCCUCCGCCUUAGGAUUGAAGGGAGGAGAUGGAGCGAGAUAGCAGCAUCUGUGCCUUGCUCCCAAUGACAACUAGAUUCGCACCUUGUUUUCACUACAGCCCUAUUAUUUAUUUGUAUGCAAAAGUACUUGUGCUUUGUUUAUUCAGUAUGUCGGAGAACAGCAGGUAACUGGUCAUUCUGGGUAGGAACUGGGGCUGGAGUGAAGCACCUGACCCUCCCACAGGCACCCCUUCCUGGGCUUGGGGGCUGGGCUGCUUCUCUGGAUCGGUACGCCCUGCAUUCUCCUGCUGCUCAAGCAACUGGAAGAGAGCUUGACUGCAGGCCAGAAAUGCUGUUCUGCAUGAAAUGACUGUUACUCAUUUGUCUGUCUUGCACAUUUUAACUCAACAUAAAACAGUAUAUUCUGCA